CUAAGUAAAGGAUAAAAGAGCUGCUCAUCUGUAAUAUAUAUAUAUAUAUAUAUAUAUACACACACACACACACACACACACUGUAGCGAUCCAAGAAAUCCAUUACAAAAGAGUGAUGCAAGGACAACUGAAAUUGUGGGAGCUAAACUAAAGAAGCUUUGAGACGCCACUGGCACUGGUAUGUUAUGACUUUUAUUCCUUGAGUGUUUGUUACAUGUGCUGUUAGAUAGAAAUAUUAUGAGUUGUAUGCUGAGCAUUGGACAAAGUUGAGUCUGACAUCUAAAUAUCUUUCUGUCUUUGAUGUAAGCUUAUCAACCCCACUGAAAACUCCUGUAAAUAGUUGAAGUGUGCAAUAAAGCUCAAUAUAAAACUGCAGUUUUAUAUAUAUUUGGAUAUGAUGAUCUCUCUGAUGUGUCGCAGAGCAGUGGGAAUCACUGCCUUAAAGAAAAAAAAGAAAGUUGGUCAUUUCAUCACCAAAUGUAUCUCAUUUUUGUUCAAAAAAAAACGAAAAAAAAACAUCUGGGAUGCUCAUUUUGCCUGCCUUUACAAAAGUAACCGUGAGAGGGCGCAGUAAGCCUUAAAUAACCGCAACCAGUGAAGCUGCUGACCCUCAGACAAAAGAAAAUACAAGACUGUAUGGCUCUCACAAAUGGGAGGGAAACAUUACUGUAAGCCAUUUGGUGCAAAUGUGAUGCGCACGAGAGCACAGAUGAGCAUUAGAAAUGCUUUUAAACCGGUCAUGUCAAGUGCCAUAAAUUUGCCAUAAAUACACAUUAGGAGGGAAGAGGAAAGGCUAUAAGAUAGAUAUAAAUAUAUAUAUAAUUUUUUUAUGAAAUGUGCAUUUUAAUAAUAAAAGGAAGGUAAUCAUAAAAGGAAUGCAUAUAGUUUUAGAAUAACUACUAUGGUAUAAACAGUGACAAUUUGAUUCCAUCAGCCUUUUGUUUUGUCGCAGUCCCUUUUCCACUCUUUUCUUGAUGUCUCGUUUUUAAUGUUUAUCUCCGUUCACCUUGAGAGAAAGAGAGGCUGACGAUCCACAACCAUAACACCCCACCCACCCGCUCCUCCGGCCACGGCGAGUGGGAGGAGCCAAGCCCGCCUUUGCCUGGCUGCCUCGCGAGUGUAAAACAGUGCAGCCCGCCACGGUGCGUGUCAGAGGACUGCCCUUGCUCCCCACGUCGAUGACUGCUCCACAUCUGGUGUCUGUGCCGCUCCUGCUGACUGCCACUGUCGAGACCAACUGGUCCACGCGUGAACAAGCACAAGUCAGGAUAAGGUUUCUGAAGCGUGGGAAAGGAUGCCGGCGGUCGUAAGCAAAAACUCUGACAUGGAGUUUGACUCUUUACAACCGUGCUUCUACCCGGAUGAGGACGACUUCUACUUCUGCGGUCCCGACUCCGCGCCACCGGGGGAGGACAUCUGGAAGAAAUUCGAGUUGCUGCCCACUCCGCCCCUUUCCCCGAGCCGAGCCGCGCUACCCGGGGAGCCGGCGGCGGCCCCCCCGGAGGCGGACCUCCUGGGCUUCGGCUUGGGGGACCCGCUGGACUGGGCCUCGGAGCUGCUGCUCCUGCCCGAAGACGAUAUCUGGGGGGCGUCCGACGAUUUGGAUCUGUUCGGUUCCGCUUUGGAUACAAACCCAAACAGCAUCAUCCUGCAGGACUGUAUGUGGAGUGGAUUCUCGGCCAGGGAGAAGCUGGAGAGGGCGGUCACGGAGAAACUGGGCAAGGCUAUUACGAGUGCCACGGCCACGGUGACCGCUCCGGCUCCCGCGACGACGGCGACCGCGGUGGCCGCUGCUGCCGGGAGGCGGGACGUGUGCGUAAAAGCGCCCGAGGCGGUGAGCCGCAACGCGGCGUCGGAGUGCGUGGACCCCGCUGUGGUGUUCCCCUUCCCCGUGAACAAGAAGAGCGGGAGCGGGGACUCGAACGCCGGCGUGAGCGCGUCCACGACCCACGGGAGCGCCCACAGCGACUCCGAAGACGAGGAGGAAGAGGAGGAUGAUGAAGAUGACGAAGAAGAGGAUGAUGAUGAUGACGACGACGACGACGACGAGGAGGAAGAGGAGGAGAUUGACGUGGUUACAGUAGAAAAGAGGCGUUCCACAAUCAGCAAAGCGUCAGCUGUGGCUUCCAGAAGUCAAGACCAGAGGGGUGCCGCCUCGGGGUCCGGCGCGGCGGGUCGCUUCGUCAGUCGAGCGCCCCAGGAGCUCAUCCUGAAGAGGAGCUCGGUGCACCAGCAUCAACACAACUACGCCGCACCCUCGCCGUACACGUCAGACGACGACCCGGCGCCGCCUCCGAAGAAGCAGAGGACGUCUGACGCCCCCCGACCCCCGACCAGAACCGCCUCCUCGUCCUCGUCGUGCGGCUCCGUCGCGUCGGGCCCGCGCAGCAAGCGCAGCUACAGCGGGGACAGCAGCCCGAGGGGCGGCUCCGACUCGGAGGACAGCGAGCGCCGGCGCAACCACAACAUCUUGGAACGUCAGCGCCGCAACGACCUGCGCUCCAGCUUCCUGACGCUGCGCGACCACGUGCCCGAGCUGGCGCACAACGAGAAGGCGGCCAAGGUGCUGAUCCUGAAGAAGGCCACAGAGUACGUGAGCUCCCUGGACAGGGAGGAACGGCGGCUCCAACAGGAGAAGGUCAGGCUGCAGGCCCGUCGGCAGCAACUGAUGCGCCGACUGGAGCAGGCGAGGACUCGCUGACGCGUCGCCGCCCAAAACACUCACACACGUUCCCGGGGCGACGCCCGGCCGCCACCACCUCUACCGAAAACCUCCUCAUCAACCCAGUCUGUAUGGGUAAACAUUGAGUUGGCCUAUACACUUAUUAAGCACAGACACACAGGCCCGCAUGUGCAAAAACAUCUCGGAGGACGACUCGUCACACACUAACGUGAGGGAGAGGGGCCGAUGCUUACUGGAGGGAUCUUCGGACUUUCACUGCCGCCACUUUUUUUGCACAUUUGUUGACAUUAAGAAUGUUUAGGAUUUACUUUUUCAGUCCAGUCACAUUGAGGAACGAUAAAGAAUGAGGAAAUAAGAGGCUUUUUUAUAUCAUGUUUUGGUAUUAAUUUGUAUGAUAAGCAUUUUUUUUUUUCUGUACUCACUGUGACACCAGCCUGGAAUUCAGUGGGAUUCCUACCGGGACCAGUGUUGGAGGGCACUUUGCUCCGAGCGCUCGAUUUAACUUAGAAUUCGUGCACACCUCUAACUUUGCCUUCACCACUGCAAAAGCGGACAAAUUUAUAAGAAAUAGAAAAACAAAGACUAUAUAGACACAAGCGAUGAUGCCACUACAGGUUUUCUUUCUCCCCUCACUCCUCGAUCACACUGGUGCGCCAGCCAAGUAAAUGGAUGUAUACCUGUGCACCUUCCUAGCCGACACUUUUGUAUAUACAGUGGAUACACACCUGUGUUCAAAUGCCAGGUUUUUGUAAUACGGAGAAAAAAAAAAAAAAAAACGAGAUCAAGAUAAAUCUUUGCAUAACCUUUUCCAUCAUUAUUGUGACCUGUAACCUGUGCAAUGCAAUGAAAAAAACUGAGAUGUGUUUGCACAAGUGUGCACACCCUUUAAACUGGGAAUGUGGCUGUGUUCAGGAUUAAUCAAUCACAUUUAAACUCAUGUUAAGUCGGGGUCAGCACACACCUGCCACCAUUUGAAGUGCCUCUGAUUAACCCCAAAUAAAGUUGAGCUGUUCUAGCAGGCUUUUCAGGACAUUUUUGUAGUCAUGUCUGCAGAGAGCAUGCACAGCGUUGGAGGGAAACCAUUUAAGUUAUCAGUCACAAGAAGGGUCCAAAAGAAUUGCAAAGGUAUUAAAUAUACCAUGAAAGACCACAACAUUACCAAGAACUAAACAUUUCUCCAAAAUAGAAGAAAAAACUGGUCAGGCUGAUAAAACUUUGCAAAAACGCUUGAACUCUCCAAAUGUGGGAAACCAUGUUAUGGUCAGAUGAAACCAAGGUUUCACUUUUAGCCAUGAUUUCCAAAGGUCUGUCUGGCACAAACAUGACACUGCUUAACACAAAACAACACACCAUACUUAAUGUUGGUGGUUGCAUCACGCCUGUGAGUCGUUUUUCUUCAGUUGCAACUGGAGCCUUAGACAUGCUGGAGAGUUUCAUGAAUCGAUCUAAAUGCCAGACAGUGAUGGAACAAAACCUUGAGGCUUCUGCUAGUAAGCUGUAGCUGAAGAGGAACAUCAUCUUUCAGCACGACAAUGACGCAAACUAUACAUCCAAAUCAACAAAAGAAUGGCUUCACUAGAAGAAGCAGGUGUUGAAAUGGCCCACCCAGAGUCCAGAUCUGAAUUCGAUCAAACAUCUGAAGAGGGCCAUCCUUGCACAGGAGAUGCCCUCGCAAUCUGAUAGAUUUGGAAGGUUUUUGACAAGGAGAAUGGGCAUAUUUUGCCACAUUAAUAGACUCCUUCCCAAAAAGGAGGAGUAAGGAGGCUGAGGUGCUCCAACAAUGUGUUAGUUUGAGGGUGUGCAUAUUUAUGCAACCAGGUUAUUGUACAGAUUUUUUUCCCCCUACUUAAAAGAUCCCCCCCCCCCCCCCCCCAAUUGAGUUGUGCAUGUUAUAGUUUACAUUAAUUUGGGAAAAGGUUUUGAAAUGAUUUAACGUAGUCUGAUUUCUUUCCAUCACAAAAAUCUUGCAUUGGAACAUGGGUGCAUAGACUUUUUUUCUUUUUUUUUUUUUUUUUUUUUUUUUUUUUUACAUCCACCGUCAAAAACAGUGUACAGACAAAAAUACACUCAGAUCUGCCUUGUUUUGUAAAACAUUUUGUCCUUGGUUUUUUAUAUAAAUAUAUACAUGUCAGGAAGCUGCCAAUAAUAACUAGACUGGAAGUUUAUAUACCUUUAAAAAGUACUGUAAAGGCCUCCAUUUUUGAGAGUCAUGAACUUUGUAAUAUAACUAUAUAUUGCUUUUAUUCCUCCCUCUUUUUUUCUUUGUAUAAUUUUACUAAUUCUACAGACCUUUUACGCUUUUUAGUGUGAACCUGAUACAUACUAAAUUUGAUACUUAUAUUUUCGUAUGAAAAUGAGUUCUCGGUAGAUAUCACUUAUCUUUUUUCAUCUUCAAUCUCAAACUUUUGUACAGCAAAUGUGUUCUAUCCACAUGUACUUUUUAUUCUUUUUUUCCCUCCCUCUCUUUUGUUUAUAUUUGUAACUAUCGGGUGCAUAGAAUUGGGUAUAUGGAUAUGAGAUGUUCCCCCCCCCCCAUCCCGAUUUUUAAAAUGUACAUUUAUUAGUGCUGCAACUCAUAGCACUUUGAAAUACCUCAUUUUGACAAAUAAAUAGACAUCAUUA